CAGCACCUAGUGUGUUCUGCAUAGUUUCAUCUGUUAAUUCAGAGAUUCGCCUCACUGUAAACACAAGCCCUCUGGAAUCUGCAGAAACAGUAUUGAUCUCCGUUCAGCUGUAUCUGGAGCGGACCUGUCAACAGAACAACCUCUGCUAGGCCACAUCGGAUCCACUUCUACUGCCCGGCACAUCUCACACACAUCUCCUGCCUCAGCCUCUGGGCCAUGGUACAUCAGAGCGGAGCAGCUUCAAAAUGAGUCUAACUUCAACCACCACCUUGGACAGUCAGCUGACCGCCACCUGGGGCCCCGCUAACACCUACCCUGAUGUUUCAAUGGUGAUGUCUGGUUACCCAGGUCGCCUGUGGCCUCAAGAGUCCCAGCCUCAGUUCUGGAGCAAGUACCAGGUGUGGGAGUGGCUGCAGCAAGUCAUGGACAUGCACCAGAUCGACGCCUCCAGCAUCCCCUUCCAAAACUUCGACAUAGACGGCCAUCAGCUCUGCAGCCUGAGCUACCAAGACUUCAUCCGUGCUGCUGGCAGCGUGGGACAGAUUCUCUUCCACAGCAUCUCAGAGCUCAAGUGGAGUGGGCAGUGCCAUGUGGAAAUAGGUCAGCUGGAAAUCAAACCAGAGAUAGAUUUCUCCUGUCCAUUUCCAGAAGUCAGCUAUCCCCCUGAAAUCUACGACCCCCUGAUCCACUCGCUGGCACCUGCUGUCUCUCCCACCCCUUCUAGUCCUGACAUAAAACGAUCUUACAGUCGUCCUCAUCAGGUCAAAAAACACAACCCGAGGGGGACCCACCUCUGGGAGUUCAUCAGGGACAUUUUACUGAACCCAGAGAGGAACCCAGGGCUGAUCAAGUGGGAAGAUCGAACGGAGGGAGUCUUCCGCUUCCUGAAGUCGGAGGCAGUGGCACAGCUGUGGGGCAAGAAAAAGAACAAUAGCAGCAUGACGUACGAGAAACUAAGUCGAGCUAUGAGAUAUUACUACAAAAGGGGAAUUCUAGAGCGAGUAGACGGACGCAGACUGGUUUACAAGUUCGGAAAGAAUGCCAGAGGAUGGAGAGAGUCAGAGAAGUGACAAUUUCAUGACAGUAAUUUAUGUUUUUCUUUAAUCUCGGAUGCAAAUGUCGUGUUUUAUUAGUUUUUACCUUCCUUUUUUUACGAUAUGUUAAAACUGUUUACACAUGUGUAAUUACUUGUUUUCUAGACGUGAAUCCAUCCUUUGGCACUGCACUGUGUAGAUGCUUUACUGUGCCUAUAGAUUACCAGCGUGUCUUUCUUAAGGGAGAGAAUAUUAAAACGUGAUAAAAGGCUAAUAUUGUGAAUCCUCCUUGCAUUCUUUAACAUAAGUGUAAAUAGACAUGUGCUGUGUGUUUUGACAUUUAUACCCAUGAAUGUGAAGUGUCCAUUGGAAAGGAUGAUAUAUGAUAUACAGUAUAGCAGCAAGUUUUAUUUAAUUUGGUUCAUUUCAUAGAUAAAUAAAGCAUGUAAAUGUGUAUUAAUACAAACAUGUUUCUUAAUAGUUUGUUGUUUUGAAAGAAACACAUAAAGCUUUUUCAAAUUAA